AGUACAGUUAUCCGUGUGUGCAAUGAUCGAAGUAGUAACAUGGUACUCAAAUACGUUUUGAUUUGGGUCUUAGUAUAUGCGUGACUUUUUUUUUUUUGACUGCUGGUAUCGUAAUAUAGAAGUGUGUGUGCUGCAGAAGAGAACGAACAGAAGAACUAAUGAUGUGUUUGAGGCAGAAUGUUAUACCGAUAAUUUGUUCCAAUUUUAUUUUUAUGUAAGCAAGUGCCAGAUUGCGUGUAAAUUGAGAAUCAAGAAGUUUUGCAGUCCUUGAAAUGACAUAUUCGACACAUCAUGAAUGCUAUAAAAACAGAACCUGAUUCAGAUUCGGAGAUACAAUCUGCGUCAUUGAAGGGUGACUUCGAAUUCAUUUCUCUUAAUUAUGAACAGGAUCCCCUGGAAAAUACCGAUAAUGUGCCAGAGACUAAGGAUGCAUUGAGGGAGCUUAUGAAAUUUCAGCAAGAUGAUGAAACUGAAAUAACAACAGAGGAAUAUGAAGUAUUUAUUGGCAGUGAGGCGCAGAAGGUUGGCUUUCAAGGAGAUGUCAGUUGUGAAGAAGGCGUUUAUUCCUCAUCAUGUGGCAACAUGUACAUUAUUGACAGGAAACACAGGGUCAUUGAAAGUUCUGAUGUCUCGAGUGAAGCAGAAUUUUCACCUGGUACUUCAACGGAAAUUAAUAAUCCUACUAUUAUAAAUCAAAAUGCAUGUGACGUGAAGAGUAGUGACAGUGAAACAUGUAAAAGAAAGUAUGGGUACCAUCCCACUACACAAAAUAGAAAGGCGCCAUAUACAUGUCAAUUGUGCUCCAAAGCAUUCCUUUUCAGGUCUCGCUUACAGGUACACAUGCGGACUCACACCGGAGAAAAACCAUAUGCUUGUAAAGACUGCCACAAGUCUUUCUCACAAAAGGCAACUGUUGUGAAUCAUCUUAGGAUGCAUACAGGAGAAAAGCCAUAUUCCUGUAAAGAUUGCAACAAACGUUUUUCUCUGAAAAUUAGUCUCAUCAAUCAUUUUCGUAUUCACACAGGUCUGAAUUAGAAGAAUGAAGAAGGAUAUGUGCAGAGAUUUUACACUGUGCAUCACAGUGCUGAAAAAGAAAUGAAAUUAUGAUCUCAUAAAUAUAAAGUUACAAUUUUACACAACAUGAAUUUUAUGAAGCCUGAACCUGAUCCAGAUGGUGAAUCAUACCAAUCAUAUCACAAUGAAAAUCAGCUAAUUGACACAGAAGAGGACAAGGGCCCUAUUGUAAUUAAAUUUCCUGUUAUGAAUUCUGAAUAUGAGCACAAAACUGAUGCAAUAAAAUUGGAACAUGCGGCACAUGUGCUUCCCCUUAUGAUGGCUGCACCAACUGAAGAUGUUACUGAUAAAAAACAUUAUGAUCUUUCUCCAUCAUCAACAAUUCCUGUAAUAAAAUGUGAGACAGAGUUCAUCAUGGAUGUCAUUAAAUCAGAACGUAAUUCGAAUAGUGAGGCGUAUGUUGCAUCAUCUUACAGUCAUACUGUGAUGACUGAUUUGAAAGAGGAGAAGGAUCCUCUAUUAAUAACAGGGCCAGUCACACAGGAUGAAAAUGAGUUCAACAUGGACUUCAUUAAAUCAGAACCUAAUUCGUAUAGUGAGGCAUAUGUUGCAUCAUCUUACAGUCAUACCGAGAUGACUGAUUUGAAAGAGGAGAAGGAUCCUCUAUUAAUAACAGGGCCAGUCACACAGGAUGAAAAUGAGAGUCUGACAACAAAUGAAGAAUUGGAAGUUAAAUUUGAUUCACAAACUGCUGAUACUAGUGAACCACAUAAGGUGUACUUUGCAUCUAACAAAACAAAAUACUCCUGUGAAGUCUGUAAGAAAGUGUUUAGUCAUCAGAGUGAACUUAAGAUGCAUAUACCUGCACACAGUGCAGAACAUCCAUACUCUUGUGAUAUUUGUGAAAAUGCAUUCAGUCUUCAUGUUAAUCUGAAGAGGCAUCAGCGGGUGCAUACAGGGGAGAGACCAUACUCAUGUGAUGUGUGUGGAAAAGGCUUUAGUAAAAAUAGUGAUCUCAUCAAACAUAUGCGUGUGCAUAACGGACAACGCCCAUACUCAUGUGGAAUAUGUAAGAAGGCCUUUAGUGAUCAGAGUAAUCUUAAGAGACAUGAGCAUGUGCACACUGCAGAGCUUCUGUUUUCAUGUGAUGCCUGUAACAAAGCUUUUAAUACCCAAAGUCAUCUGAAGCGACAUCAGCGCGUGCACACAGGGGAAUGUCCGUACUCAUGCGAUGUUUGUAACAAAGCUUUUAAUACCCAAAGUCAUCUGAAGCGACAUCAGCGGGUGCACACAGGUGAACGCCCAUACUCGUGCAAUGUUUGUAAGAAAGCUUUUAAUACCCACAGUCAUCUGAAGGAACAUCAGCGGGUGCACACUGGGGAAUGCCCGUACUCAUGCGAUGUUUGUAAGAAAGCUUUUAAUACCCACAGUCAUCUGAAGCAACAUCAGCGGGUGCACACUGGGGAAUGCCCGUACUCAUGCGAUGUUUGUAAGAAAGCUUUUAAAACCCAGGCUAAUCUGAAGAGGCAUCAGCGUGUGCAUUCAGGUGAGAGACCAUACUCAUGUGAUGUGUGUGGAAAAGGCUUUAGUCAAAGAAAUGGUCUCAUCAGACAUAUGCGUGUGCAUAACAGACAACGCCCAUACUCAUGUGGAAUAUGUAAGAAGGCCUUUAGUAGUCAGAGUGAUCUUAAGAGACAUGAGCUUAUUGCACACUGUAGAGUUUCUGUUUUCAUGUGAUGCCUGUAACAGCUUUUACUUCCCAAGGUCAUCUGAAGCAACAUCAGCAGGUGCACACAAGGGAACGUCCGUACCCAUGCGAUGUUUGUAAGAAAGCUUUUAAAGUCCAGACUCUUCUGAAGCAACAUCAGCGGGUGCAUACAGGGGAGAGACCAUACACAUGUGAUGUGUGUGGAAAAGGCUCUAGUAAAAGAAGUGAUCUCAUCAAACAUAUGCGUGUGCAUAACGGACAACGCCCAUACUCAUGUGGAAUAUGUAAGAAGGCCUUUAAAGAUCAGAGUAAUCUUAAGAGACAUGAGCAUUCGCACACUGCAGAGCUUCUGUUUUCAUGUGAUCCUUGGAACUAAGCUUUUAAUACCCAGGUCAUCUGAAGCAACAUCAGCGGGUGUACACAGGGGAACAUCGUACUCAUGCGAUGUUUAUAAGAAAGCUUUCAAAAAACAGACUAAUCUGAAGCAACACCAUAUUGUCCAUACUGGAGAAUGUCCCUACUCUUGUGAUGUGUGUAACAAAGCCUUCGAAGGCCAAACAAAUCUCAGGCAACAUCAGCUUAUGCAUAAUUGAGAAUGCCUUUGCUCAUACAAUACGUAUAAGCAAUAAUGUUCUUAAUCAGGUUACCUCAGGUUACAGUUGAUCAUGCUGGUAAAUGAAUUUGUUCCUGUCAUCAUUGUAAAGAAUAUUUUCUCUGGGUUCCUGUGUGACAGUUUUGAACAUAAUUUGUAAUGGUACAUCAUUACAUAUUUUUUGUGUCUUUUGGAUUAUGUAUAAACACAAAUGAUAUGUAGAUUGCAGAUAUCCUAAAAUAAGGUAAUCAGAGGGAUAAGUGAGCUGUAGUGAGUGAUUUAAACACUAAAACAUUGGUGACAAUGCAGAUGAGCAAGAAAAAAUAAAUAUUGAAUACUGAUAUAA